AUGGGCUUCGCCGACCUUCUCACUGAUGCUGGUGCUGCCAUGCUGAACAGCUGGCUCACCACCCGCUCCUACAUCGUUGGCCACUCCCCUUCCCAGGCCGACGUUGCCGUCUACAAGGCUCUGUCCUCUGCCCCCGACGCUGAGAAGUACCCCAACGCCGCCAGAUGGUACAAGCACAUCUCCACCUACGAGAGCGAGUUCGCCACUCUCCCCGGUGAUGCUUCCAAGGCCUACUCCGUCUACGGCCCUGAGGCCUCUGAGCUUCCCGUGAACCCCGCCAAGGCCCCUGCCGCCGAGGAGGACGAGGACGACGUCGACCUGUUCGGUUCCGACGACGAGGAGGAGGAUGCCGAGGCUGCCCGUAUCCGUGAGGAGCGUCUGGCCGAGUACAAGAAGAAGAAGGAGAACAAGCCCAAGACCAUCGCCAAGUCCGUUGUCACUAUGGAUGUCAAGCCUUGGGAUGACGAGACUGACAUGACCGCUCUCGAGGCUUCCGUCCGUGGUAUCGAGAAGGAUGGUCUGGUUUGGGGUGCCUCCAAGCUUGUCCCCGUCGGUUUCGGUGUCAAGAAGCUCCAGAUCAACCUUGUCGUCGAGGACGAGAAGGUCUCUCUGGACGACCUCCAGGAGGAGAUCAGCGAGUUCGAGGACUACGUCCAGUCCUCUGACGUUGUUGCCAUGCAGAAGCUGUAA